UUUGCAGCUCUUUCGUAGCAACAGAGCCAACGAUAACUGCUAGCAUCGGCAAUUAAUAAGUUUUUAAGUUUAUUUUUAUUAGGUUUCAAAUUGUGUUUGUUUGUUUUUUUAUUUGUUUUUUGGUGUAAUGUGUAUUUAUGUUAACUGAUAAAUAAGGCGAGCAUUYAAUGAAACCAUGCAAAUGAUGCAUGUGAAAGUCGAUUGAAAGCGCUAAACACGAAAUCCACAUAAAUCGCAUCCGUCGCUGUAUGUUUGUAUGCGCCCGUGUGCGAGUGUGUGUGUUGGCUGCGCUUGUCUGUGUCUGUUUGUGUGCGUUGUGCGUGCGAAUGUGUUAGUGCAGCCAAAGACUUUGUCGUCGCCUAUUGACGGGCCCAGCCAAAAGGGCGGGUAAAAGAAAAGUCAACAAACGAGAGAACGAGGGAACUAACAACUCCCUGGCAAUUGCAAUUGACGGCGCCAUAAUAACGGAACAAGCUAAAAUGUUCACAAAGAAGAAGAAGAAACCGCUGAUCUCGAUGCCCAGCAAUUUCGAGCAUCGCGUGCACACGGGUUUCGACAAGCGAGAGAACAAAUAUGUCGGCUUGCCAUUGCAAUGGGCCUCCAUAGUGGGCAACAAUCAAAUUUUGAAGUCCAGCAAUCGCCCGCUGCCGCUGGUGGAUCCCUCGGAGAUAACGCCCACAGAAAUACUGGAUCUGAAGACAAUUGUGCGUCCGCAUCAUAAUAACAAUAAGGCAGACACAACAUCGCUCAAUAGCAGCAGCAGCAGCGCCCUGAUGAUGAACAAUCCAGCAAUGUUGCAGCAGCAACAGCAGCAACAGUUGCUGCCAAAGACAUCGCAUGUGGCCCGCUCCAAUUCGUUGCGCAGCUCCAGUCCGCCGCGUGUGAGGCGAGUGGCGAAUGUGCCGCCCGCUGUGCCUGAGGAGGAGCUGCCAUCUGGCACGCCCACGCCUGGCUUYAAGCAACAGCAUCUGCAGCAGCAGCAACAGCAGCAACCAAUGCCACAUAAUCUUUUGUAUACCAGUCAGCAUAUCCAUUCACACUCACAUUCGCAUCCACAUCCGCAUCCACAUUCCAAUGGUGGGCUAACAGCUCCUUUGGCUGUGCGCACCGAUCCGUUCCGGAUGCCGCAGCAGCUGCAGCAGCAGCAACAGCAGCAGCAGCAAACGUCGCCAGUCAGCUCUGUGGCCAGCUCGCAUCACAACAACAAUAAUAAUAUUAGCAACAACAAUGGUCAAAGCUAUCCAAUGUAUCCUGCCUCCCAGCAACAACCAAAUCAGAAUCCACAUGCCAACAAAACAGCGCCAACAACAGCAACAGGAGCAGCAGCAGCAACGGCAUCGCGUGCCAGCUCCAGCUCGAGUGGUAAUGCUGCCGCCGCCGCCCUGGCUGCCCAGGCCCAGGCACAGGCGCAACCAAAGCAGGAGCAAAGGCUGACGCACGAGCAAUUCCGUGCUGCCUUGCAAAUGGUUGUCUCCGCCGGUGAUCCGCGCGAGAAUCUGGAGAACUUUAACAAAAUAGGCGAAGGCUCCACGGGCACUGUGUGCAUAGCCACCGACAAGUCAACAGGUCGUCAAGUGGCUGUUAAGAAAAUGGAUUUGCGUAAGCAGCAGAGACGCGAGCUGCUCUUCAACGAGGUGGUCAUCAUGCGUGACUAUCAUCAUCCCAAUAUUGUGGAGACAUACUCCAGCUUUCUGGUCAACGACGAGCUCUGGGUGGUCAUGGAGUAUCUGGAGGGCGGCGCACUCACCGACAUUGUCACACAUUCCCGCAUGGAUGAGGAGCAAAUUGCGACCGUUUGCAAGCAAUGCCUGAAAGCUUUGGCCUAUUUGCAUUCACAGGGCGUCAUCCAUCGGGAUAUCAAAUCCGAUUCGAUACUCUUGGCCGCUGAUGGCCGGGUGAAGCUGUCGGACUUUGGUUUCUGUGCGCAGGUGUCGCAGGAGCUGCCUAAGCGGAAGUCCUUGGUGGGCACACCCUACUGGAUGUCGCCGGAGGUGAUUUCGCGCCUGCCGUAUGGCCCCGACGUGGAUAUCUGGUCGCUGGGCAUAAUGGUCAUCGAAAUGGUGGACGGUGAGCCGCCGUUCUUCAACGAGCCGCCGUUGCAGGCGAUGCGACGCAUUCGGGACAUGCAGCCGCCAAACCUGAAGAAUGCCCACAAGGUGUCGCCGCGUCUGCAAUCGUUUUUGGACCGCAUGCUCGUCCGGGAUCCGGCACAGCGUGCAACGGCCGCUGAGCUGUUAGCUCAUCCAUUUCUGCGACAAGCGGGACCGCCGUCUCUCUUGGUGCCACUCAUGCGCAAUUCAAGGCAUCACACCUGAUGCUGAUGAUGACGAUGAUCCAAUUGGGUUACAUCUACUGCUCCCGCUCCAGCUGCUGUUGCCGUUGCUGCUGCCCUUGUUUCUGCUUUCUAGUUUACAAGCUCCACUUAAUGUAGUAUUAUUCCAUACUUUUCGUUUCGUUUAUUUUUUUUUUAUACGGCUACACGGCAAUUGCUACUUAAACUGUUAACCAGCCACGCC